AUGUCAACUGCCACUGAUGAUAUGCACGCUGCCGAAUAUACCGUCCUGAAAGACCUCUUCAGCGACAAUAUAUCUACCCACAACGCAGCUGAAAGCCUGGCAACAAUUCAAUUAUCAAACAUCACCGAGCCAGAAUCAAACAUUUCCUCUCUAUGGAGCUUCAUAAUCAAAUGCGCGUACGAGUUUCCUGAACACCAGACUAAGCUGGUCGAUAUGCUAGUGCAGCUCUCGAAACUCCCAGACGCGAAACUAGCCAACGGAGACCCGAUACUCCUCCAUGAUAUGCGCCUGUGGAAGGACCUCCCAAUGCUAGGCUGGCAAUUUCGAGAUGAAUGGAACGCAUCGAUACCGGACGGACCGCCCGAUCAACGAGCCAGUGCGAUCUCGCAGAUGAUCAAUCGGGAUAAUUUCACUGCGCUUUUGAUGACGACUAAGGAACCGGUGUUUAAUUACUCGUGGUUUGCACUUAUUACCUUCCGUGAUGCCUUGGAAGAACCUGCAGACCAGGAGCCAGGGCAAUUGGACGGUCUGAUUCCCGCUGCUGCUACCUGGAUUCAUAUUCUUGGCGCGGAUAUCUAUCGGUGGAAUGAAAACUUUGGCCGCAGGGGUAGAGGAGGUUCGCUCUGGGAUGGUAAAGAUGGAUUUUGUGUGGAACGAUGGCAGCUUUGGCGGGAGAGAUUUGGGGCCAUGGCUAAAAGAGAGGAGCUCGAUGAUGGAGCGAGAAGGGCAGCAGUGGACGCGGAGCAAAUGAUGCAGAGGAUUGAGAGUCAGUCUCAAAGCUAG